CACUCGUCUUCAGGCUCAAGCUCGUCCGUGGGUGACAAUGUUGGUGACACGCCCACGCCCGUUACCAAGACUGUCAGCUCAAACACCGCGAAUUCCUGCACUUGGUACGCGGACUCGAGCUGCAAGCGGCCACGCACAUGCUACGACUGCUUGAACGUCAAGGUCUCCAGUGGGGAGUGCGCCGUCAUGCCCAACGGCAUGUGCGUGAAUCUGGACGAGUACGCGCACUUCUUGAGCACACAGGAGGAGUUCGGCAUCUACUACAAAUAUUACCCGUCCAGCGAGUACAAGUACUGCAGCGCCGACGACGCGGCGUGUUCAGCGUGCAGGUCGACGUGGAUAUCCGACUACAAGUCGGCAGGAACGAUCGAAACACCGUCGUAUUGCACAGGACUCGACGGCUGCUUGUGUCUGGCUCGGUGUGAGCUGCCAGAUUGGUCUUCGUCGAUCGUGACAGACCAGUGCAGCUCAAGCGGCAGCAUCGGUACGAAUAGUAGCCGAACCUCGACAGCGUCUCGAAUUGGCUUCGCGCUCGCUAUAGGGAUCGCGAUGGGCGUUUUGCUUGGACUGUGGGGCAUCAAGCUGCUGCUCCGAGGGCGAGGCAAUUGUCGAGGACGCGGAUCUUACGUCCCC